GUUUAACUCACAUCAUCACCAUGGACUUACAUCAGAAGGAGAUUCAGGGCUUCUUCAGUUUUCCAGUGGACAACCUGCGUGCCUCCCCCUUCCUGCUUCAGUACAUCCAGGAGGAGGUCCCAGAUUACAGAAACGCCAUUAUUGUUGCAAAGUCACCGUCUGCUGCUAAGAGAGCUCAGUCCUAUGCAGAGCGACUGCGUUUGGGCCUGGCAGUGAUGCAUGGCGAGGCUCAGUGUUCAGAGUCUGACAUGGCGGACGGACGACACUCUCCCCCCUGUGUCCGUAACACCUCAGGACACCCUGGGCUGGAGUUGCCUUCUGGCAGCAAACAACAAGCUCCGUUCCCAGGCAUAGAGCUCCCAAUAAUGAUGGCCAAGGAGAAGCCCCCGAUCACUGUUGUAGGAGAUGUGGGAGGAAGAAUCGCCAUCAUUGUUGAUGACAUCAUCGACGACGUGGAGGACUUUGUGGCAGCAGCUGAGAUUCUGAAGGAGAGAGGAGCUUAUAAGAUCUACAUCAUGGCUACACAUGGGCUGCUGUCUGCCGAUGCCCCCCGUCUUAUUGAGGAGUCCGCCAUCGACGAGGUGGUGGUGACUAACACCGUCCCUCACGAGGUACAGAAGCUCCAGUGUCCCAAGAUCAAGACCGUGGACGUCAGUAUGAUCCUGGCCGAGGCCAUCCGCCGCAUCCACAACGGGGAGUCCAUGGCCUACCUGUUCCGCAACAUAACGGUGGACGACUAAGGCCAGAGACGGUUGAGUUUGUGCUAGGUGAGGUGUUAGGAGAAAACUGGUGGUGUAUACGCUAUGCUCCCCUCAUCUCCUCAGUGCUAGAAAUGCAUACUCUCCCUGUUGUCUGCACCUUCACACACAGCCUAGUUCCGAUGACUAGGAC